AUGAUAGAAUUGUUUGUGAAAAAGACAUGGGAUUCGCUAUCAAUGCAAAGGCACAAGGUCAGGUGCUCAAACUCUGGGAAUACCGAUACCAAACCUCGCAGUCCAACCCCUGGAGUGCAAGCCAUGCUCGGAGGACUAUUCAACCAUGACUGGCGCACCCACGGCAACAUCUGGGAAGCCUGGGACAUAUUUGCAGGCAAGCCACGGCACCACGCCAGCCAACAACUUUACAUUUGCCUCAUCGCUGCCGAUAUCGACUUCUACAAUACCUCGUGUGCACAUUACUUGCAAGGACACUUUUUCCUGGAUUGGCGGGGCAUAACGGCGCUGUACGCUGUGUUUAGCCCUGCGAAGGCCAAGGUUUUUUUGGACACUCGGAUUUGA